UCGGUCGGCACAGCACGAGACAAGCGGCAGGCGUGACGCCACGCUGCUCUCCCGCCGGCGCACACCGCGUCGCUAUACGAUAUUGAGCAGCAAGUGUUGCUGACCACGCUCUAAUCCCGUCAGGUAGAGAGGCGGUCACCGAGGGAAACCGCGGGUCCCAUUGUUGUCGCGGCCACAGGUGCCUGCGUAACAUUGUUGGGUCGCACUUCUCGUACGUGCCACGCCGGUGCUAUAGUGACCGGGCACGAUAAGUGACGAGCGGUGCUCGCUGCGACGAAAUCCACAAGUUGGGCAUUCGUGCUACGUUUGGGGGAAGUAGACUGUGGGUGUUAGGUCCAGAACACUGCAAAGGAGGUGUCUUCCCAUGCCCUGUUAAUUUUUAUGGUAUUUUUUAAUGUGGUCCCCGCUUCAUUGUACUGUUCCAAUACAGACGAUGGUGUGCCUUAGUAAUUUAAAUCGGUUUUCUGGUUAGUAACACAGGUCGGAGGCAAGGAGGAGGUUACCGUUUCGCGUCUGCAAGAUAUUCUUAUGGUAAUAAGUCGACUAGACUUUGAGAUCCCGCCAGAGAACCUAACUAACUCACACUAAUAGCUCCAUUUCAGAAGGAAAAUCCACAUCUAUUAUCGCUGCUACUGAACAACAACAGAUGCGAUAACUGAGCACCGAUAAGUGGCAAAGAAGGCAGGCUUCACCUUGGCCCAUCUGUCGGAGGUUGUAAUCUCUCUCUCUCUGCCGCUGACUAACACAAUCUAUCGAUACGACACGAUUACAGACGGUAACCCACAUUAGGUAUUUGUCUCUUCAAAAUAUACCGGCGCUUAGUCAUCUCUUUUCAGACAUCCCCAGUCUGCAAAUCUUGAUGUUAGGAAUAGGUAUUCUAAAAUUGCUUAUGUCAAUCACCUUAGAAACACCGAUUAAUGUAGAAGUCGCUGAUACGUGCGAGGAAAAUUCUUCGUGGGUGGGACGUUUAAAACCAACAUUCUUAGUACUCCAGAGAGAUUUGACGUUGUGCUACCGCUCGGAUUUGGUGACAGCUGUUUCAAAGAAACUGAAGAGUAAAGUGCCGGUACUAUAGGUUUGCAUAACAGUUUUGAACUCACACUCAUAAUAAAGACUUCUUUGUUGGGCAACAGCUAUAAUCGAUGUGAAGUUUACUAUUGUUCGAUAUUAGGUUAAUACAAAUCGAUUAUUUGUGGACAUUGGUACCGUGUACCCGUCACAGUCCCUUUUCGGGUAGAACGGUCGAAUCUCAGCUUAGUAAUUUCAAAGGUAGAGUCAUCGGCUGUACGUCGUGAGUCAGCUUGGACUAGGUUUUGUUCAAGGCUCUAGCGUAGCUUUAUCGUUGAUAUAAAUCUCAAGCCACAGCGGAAGUGUGCCAUCGAAACAGACCGAAUAGCCCUGACGGCAUCGAUCUACCGAGUGUAGUUCAAAGAAGGCAAGAACUUUCGCGAAUUGAGAAACUGAUUGUAUUGGAGAAAAUUCUUUGAAUGCAAGUUUGGGGUCUAUACACUGCUCUGCGGAUCUGGAAUUUUGUUGUGGAUUAUUAACGUGUGUGGGUGCUUUAAUCCCGUUUCGGGUAGAACGGUCGAAUCUCAGUUUAGUAAUUUCGAAGUUAGUCAGAGUCAUCGGCUGUACGACGUGAGUCUGGUUGGACGAGGUAUUGUUGAAGGUUCUAACGUAGGUCUACCGUUGAUAUAAAUCUCAAGCCACAGUGAAAGUGUGCUAUCGAAACAGACCGAUCACCCCUGACGGCAUCGAUCUACCGAGUGUAGUUCAUAGAAGGCAAGAACUUUCGCGAAUUGAGAAACUGAUUGUAUUGGAGAAAAAUCUCUGAAUGCAAGUUUGAGGUCGUUUGCCUGUGGGGCUUUGCGGAUCUGGAAUUUUGUUGUGGUUUGUUGACGUAUGUGGGUACUUUAUGUAGAAGAAAACCGAUAUACCUUCAUAACCGAGUGCAGCGUCGAUGCGCACCAUCAGUAAAGUAACGUAGAGCGAGCGAGAUUUGUUGGGCCUUCAGGUAGAGGGUUGCACUAAGUUGUCAGGGAUCGCGAGAUUGCGACCAUGCCUCCGAGAAGGAACCAGACCGCAGUGCGCGGCUUGGGCGCUGAGGGUCAGAUGCGGGACGACUACUACGAAGACUACUACGAUUACGACUACGAGGAGGCGGUGUUGCGCUACAACUGGGUGGAGCUGCUGCCCGCACUUGUAGUCUACACGCUGACGCUGCUGAUCGGACUGGCGGGUAACUCGCUCAUCAUCUUCACGGUGUGCCGCUACCGCAAGCUGAAGAACGCCACCAACGUCUUCCUGGCCAGUCUCGCCUCCGCUGACCUGCUGCUGGUCACCGUUUGCGUGCCAGUCAAGUGCCAGGGCUCUCAGAGGCGCUGCUUCUGA